GCAAAGCUCAGAACUACUGACAUUUCUCAGCUCAGGUGAUUCACUGUGCUUCUGCUGGCUUUUUAGCUCCGCUUCAAAAAUUGCCUUUUGCUUUUGCAAUUUGCUGUUCAUUUCUUUACGGAGGUCACGAUAGCUGACUGUCCAUUAGCUGAGUAGGUACGGUAGUGAAUUUGUUCGUUAGGUGUGUACUGUUGGAAUGAGUUGUUAGUGAGCUUAUUUUAGAUCCCGGCAGAUAAAAAUAGUUACCAUACGCCGUUAAAAUUUUAUUUGGUUUAGUAAUUUGUUGAACUUUUAUUAGUUGACUAUCUUCCAAUAUUAGUGUUCCAAGAACUUGUGCUGUUAAUCACGUAGUGAAAUAAUUCAACAAAUAUUACCAAAAUGUUGAAUUUAAGAACAAUUUCCAAGUGUGCUGUCACUCCAAAAAUUGAUUGGAACUCCUUACUAAAAGGAUGUUCUCCAGCAUUACUCCAAGUAGAUGCUAAAAGGAAUUACGCCCACGAAAUCCCUGACAAACUCAAGGAUGUGCCGACAGCAGAAAACCCAAGAUUUUUUGACAUGGUGGAAUACUUCUUCCACAGAGCAUGUCAAAUUGCCGAAGAUAAGCUUGUUGAGGACAUGAAGGGAAAACUGUCCAUGGAAGAGAAGAGAAAGAAAGUAAAAGGUAUUUUGAUGGGAAUGCAGCAAUGUGAUCAUAUUAUAGAAAUUGCUUUUCCCGUAAAGCGCGACAGUGGCGAAUACGAGAUUAUUACCGGCUACAGAGCCCAGCACAGCACGCAUAGAACACCUUGCAAAGGAGGUAUUCGUUUCUCGGACGACGUGUCACGUGACGAGGUGAAGGCGUUGUCGGCCCUGAUGACAUUCAAGUGCGCAUGCGUGGACGUGCCGUUCGGCGGAGCCAAGGCUGGCAUCAAGAUCAACCCCAAGAACUACAGCGAAAACGAACUCGAGAAGAUCACCAGGAGGUUCACGCUCGAGUUGGCCAAGAAGGGAUUCAUCGGGCCUGGUGUGGAUGUGCCAGCUCCUGACAUGGGAACUGGUGAAAGAGAGAUGUCCUGGAUUGCUGACACCUACGCCAAGACUAUUGGUCAUUUGGACAUCAACGCGCAUGCCUGCGUGACUGGAAAGCCCAUCAACCAGGGAGGUAUUCAUGGAAGAAUUUCGGCCACUGGAAGAGGUGUUUUCCACGGUCUGGAGAACUUCAUCAUGGAGGCCAACUACAUGAGCAUGAUUGGCACGACUCCAGGAUGGGGCGGCAAGACCUUCAUUGUCCAGGGUUUCGGUAAUGUGGGCUUGCACACAAUGAGGUAUUUGGUGCGUGCUGGUGCCACCUGCAUUGGUGUCAUCGAAAGAGAGGGAUCAAUCAUCAAUCAUGAAGGAAUCGAUCCCAAGGCUCUUGAGGAUUACCGCAUUGAUACUGGAUCAAUUGUAGGCUUCCCAGGCGCCCAGGCCUACACCGGCGAGAACCUCAUGUACGAACAGUGUGACAUCUUCAUCCCUGCUGCUAUUGAGAAAGUUAUCACUAAAGAAAAUGCACAUAAAAUCAAUGCAAAGAUUGUGGGAGAGGCGGCCAAUGGACCGACGACUCCAGCUGCCGACCAGAUCCUGUUGGAGCGCAACAUCCUUGUGAUCCCCGACCUCUACAUCAACGCCGGUGGUGUCACCGUCUCCUUCUUCGAGUGGCUCAAGAACCUCAACCACGUCUCCUACGGUCGGCUCACAUUCAAGUACGAACGGGAAUCCAACUACCAUUUGCUGGAAUCGGUGCAAGAGUCGCUGGAGAGAAGAUUCGGACGCGUCGGUGGUCGCAUCCCCGUCACUCCAUCUGAGUCCUUCCAGAAGAGGAUUUCCGGAGCAUCCGAAAAGGACAUCGUACAUUCAGGUCUCGACUACACCAUGGAGCGAUCUGCCAGGGCUAUCAUGAAAACUGCCACGAAGUACAACCUUGGCCUCGACUUGCGAACAGCUGCCUAUGUCAACUCAAUUGAGAAAAUCUUCAUAACCCUCAAGGAAGCUGGCUUUUGUUAAAAAUCACCAUUAUUUGUUAAACUCGAAGGACUAUUAUUAGUAUACAACACUACUUAUUCUAAUAUUUAUUUCUUUUUUUUGCAAGUCGACUCCAAAAGUUUGUUUAAUAAUUCUAUGUAGAGCCUACGUUUUUUACAUAUUAUUUCCCUUUUCAGGCUAUCAUGAAAACUGCCACGAAGUACAACCUUGGCCUCGACUUGCGAACAGCUGCCUAUGUCAACUCAAUUGAGAAAAUCUUCAUAACCCUCAAGGAAGCUGGCUUUUGUUAAAAAUCACCAUUAUUUGUUAAACUCGAAGGACUAUUAUUAGUAUACAACACUACUUAUUCUAAUAUUUAUUUCUUUUUUUUGCAAGUCGACUCCAAAAGUUUGUUUAAUAAUUCUAUGUAGAGCCUACGUUUUUUACAUAUUAUUUCCCUUUUCAGGCUAUCAUGAAAACUGCCAUGAAGUACAACCUUGGCCUGGACUUGCGCACAGCUGCCUAUGUCAACUCAAUUGAGAAAAUCUACACAACCUACAAAGAAGCUGGAUUAGCUUUCUAAAAAAGUACUUGUUCUUCUUAACUUAGGGGCAUGUCAGUAUUUAAAGUGUAGGCUAAUUUCAGAAAUCUUAUACAAUCUUGACGCAGUGGGAGAAGGCGAUCACUUAUGAUUAUUUUGAUUGAUGAAUUUGAAAUAGAUUUUUGAGGAUUCAAUUGAAAAAAUCCUACAUAUUCAACAAAAUGCUGUUUGAAUUGUCUCCAAAGUAAUGGAGAUUAAUUUAAUCUUCCUUCUGGUUAUAUUAUAUUCUGAAAUCUUACAACUAUCAACCAAUUUAAACUUCAGAAUGAAGUCUAUAUGUUA